AUGAAUGCCGAUUUCUUUUCUGUAUUGACUUUCGUUUUUUGGUCAGCAAAUCUAACAACAGCAAUUUCCUUGCAAUCGUUUUCUAAUGUCUCUGAAAGAAAUACAGCAUCGAUAGGAUUAAUUGGUGAUCCUAACGAUGUAAGUGCCAGGACAGUUGGAGCUACGAUAAUUGUUGGCGGUGGUCAAGAUGUCGAUGAAGUUUAUCAAUGGAUGAUUGAAAAAGCAGGUGGUGGCGAUUUUGUUGUACUGCGAGCUUCUGGUACUGAUGCUUACAACAGUUAUAUUUAUGAAUUAGGCUCCAUAAAUUCUGUUGAAACUCUACUCAUUGAUUCCCGAACGCUGGCUAACAAUGCUCUAGUUGAAAAGACGAUAUUAAGUGCCGAGGCAGUAUUUAUUGCUGGUGGUGAUCAAGCAAACUAUGUUAACUUCUGGAAGGAUACGAAGGUACAUCAUGCACUUAAUUUUGUACGUAAUGUUAAAAAAAUACCAGUUGGUGGUACGUCAGCGGGUUGUGCUAUUCUAGGUGAAGCUUAUUUUUCAGCACUCGAGGGAACCGUUACGUCUCCCGAAGCUCUAAACAAUCCGUACAUGAACCUGGUUACACUUGGUUAUAAGGAUUUUAUGAAUCAACCCUAUCUGUCCAAUGUUAUUACCGAUAGUCAUUUUGAUAAUCGUGAUCGCCAUGGUCGUCUCGUAACAUUCCUUGCUCGUAUGAAUCAUGACCAUGGAAUACUAGCUCGUGGUAUAGGACUUGAUGAAUCGACUGCUGUUUGCAUUGAAUCCAAUGGCACUGGUAAAAUAAUAGGCUUUGGAAGUGCUUAUUUUCUUACACAAAAUGGAAUGGAUAGUACACCUGAAACAUGUCGCGAUGGCUCACCUCUAGAUUGGUAUCGAUAUCAAAAGGCUGUAAAAGUUUACAAAAUUCAAGCAACUACCGAUGGUUCACACACUUUUGACCUUAACACAUGGGGUUCUGGUACUGGUGGAAUUCAUAUGUAUUACUAUGUGCGUGGUGGCGUACUCUAUAAAACUUUUUAUUAA